AUGACCUCCAGGACCCCUCUGUGGGUUACAGCCUGUUUGUAUAACUCCUACUGCAACUCAAGACGCCUGCAGUGGGGUGUGAGACAGAGGAAAAGACCAGUGUUUUUACAUCCCCAGGUACCGGGAGCACGGGAGAUUGACCAUUCCAGCUACCUGAGUGGUCAAGGGCUGGCAGCUUCCCAUGCAUCCCUUCCAGUCCGGCUGCUCGCUAAGAUGAGGGAUCUUCUUCAGUACGUGGCCUGCUUCUUUGCCCUGUUCUCUACUGGGUUCUUGGUUGUAGCCACCUGGACAGACUGUUGGAUGGUGAAUGCCGAUGAUUCCCUGGAGGUGAGCACAAAAUGCCGAGGCCUCUGGUGGGAGUGUGUCACAAAUGCUUUUGAUGGAAUUCGCACCUGCGAUGAGUACGAUUCUAUACUUGCCGAACACCCCUUGAAGCUGGUGCUGACUCGGGCGUUGAUGAUUACUGCAGAUAUUCUAGCUGGGUUCGGAUUUAUUACCCUGCUCCUGGGUCUCCACUGCGUGAAAUUCCUCCCUGAUGAGCCAUACAUCAAAGUGCGCAUCUGCUUUGUUGCUGGGACCACAUUAUUAAUAGCAGGUGCCCCAGGAAUUAUUGGUUCUGUGUGGUAUGCUGUUGAUGUUUAUGUGGAACGUUCUUCUCUGGUUUUGCACAAUAUAUUUCUUGGCAUCCAAUAUAAAUUUGGUUGGUCCUGUUGGCUUGGAAUGGCUGGAUCUCUGGGUUGCUUUUUGGCUGGGGCUAUCCUCACAUGCUGCUUAUACAUCUUCAAAGAUGUGGGACCUGAAAGGAACUAUCCUUAUUCCAUGAGGAAGACCUAUUCGAAUGUAGCUGUUUCCAUGGCCAAAUCAUACGUGGCCCCUCGGACAGAGACUGCCAAAAUGUAUGCUGUGGACACAAGGGUAUAG